CUGCAAAGGUGUGUAAUAUCCAUCCCAUAGACACAAUUUCAUGCACCGUUACAUUGUAUAAUUUUUGGACAAGGAGUUGCACGGUGGACAAUUGGACCUAAUGUAUCUCGGCACAUUAGUGCGUCUGAUUUGUUGUUAGCUGGGGACUUCCGACAUUUUUUCCGCGCAUCGGGACGUAAAACUGAGCGCCCUGGAGACUGGAGCGCAUCGCCUCAAAUAGUCUAUGACCCAUGCAGAGCAUACAAAGCCCGAAGUAGGCUACCACUCGCUGUCAGGACUACUGUUUGUGUUGAUGUCAUCGGCGGCCGUGUUCGAACCGGAGCGACCCACGAUUUCUAGUCAGGAUUACUAGAAUAACAAAAAUAUAUCGUACAAUAAUAGUCGUGUUUUUGGCCAACAGUGAAUAUGGGAGUUCUGGCGCACUGUGUUAUUAUUUUUAUAUUCCAGCAUUUGACGUCAUCUUAUGAUUUUAAAGAAGGACUAUAUAACAGCGGUCAGUAUGAAUUUGUGAAAGAUCCCAGUUUGAAUAUCGAAAAGAGAUCACCAGAUUUAGAUCCGUUUGAUUCUGAAUCAUCCGACCACAUUAGGAGCAGAAGAAGUGCGGAUCAAGGAGACUGUAACCGUCUCCAGGGAUUCGACACCAAGUUGACUAACAACACCCAAACCUAUUCCUUCAAUGACCUGAGUGGGUCCGUGUCACUGGCCUGGGUUGGAGACGCCACCGGGGUCAUCCUGGCUCUGACAACAUUCCAGGUGCCGUUCUUCAUGUUGCGAUUCGGUCAGUCUAAACUCUAUCGAAGUGAGAACUACGGGAAGUCGUUCCAGGAUGUCACAAACCUCAUCAACAACACUUUCAUCCGGACAGAGUUCGGCAUCGCCAUCGGACCAGAGAACUCUGGGAAGGUGAUCCUGACAGGUGAUGUGUCUGGCAGCCUGGGAUCUCGUAUCUUUAUCUCCAGAGACUUUGGGAACAGCUUUGAGCAGCAGGACCUUCCUUUCAACCCCCUGAUGCAGAUCAUAUACAACCCCAUAGACGCCAACGUUCUCCUGGUCAUCAGCAACACUAAUGAACUCUGGCUGUCUGAGGACUUUGGCGAGAAGUGGAGGAAGAUCCACGACAUGGUGUGUCUGGCCAAAUGGGGGAUGGACAGUAACCUAUUCUUUACCACCAACCUCAAUGGAUCCUGCAAUGAAAGGGGGAUGCUAGACUUGAGAAAGACUGCAGACUACGGGAAGACCAUCAAGACUGUUGCCAUUAAAAUCUUCUCUUUCGGCCUGGGGGGAAAGUUCCUGUUUGCUUCUGUUAUGACUGGAACUGGCACUCUGAGGGUGAUCCAUGUGUCGACUAACCAGGGGGAGGAUUGGAACAUGGCUCAGCUGCCUCCGGUUGGCCACGAGGAGUUCUAUUCUAUCUUGUCAGCCAAUGACGACAUGGUGUUCAUGCACGUGGAUGAACCAGGAGACACAGGCUACGGCAGCAUCUACGUGUCAGACGACAGGGGUACGGUGUACUCUAAGUCUCUGGAGCGUCACCUCUACACCACCACAGGGGGAGACACUGACUUCACCAACGUUACCUCUCUACGAGGGGUCUUCAUCACCAGUAUACUGGCAGAGGACGGCUCGGUGCAGUCCGUGGUGUCCUUCGACCAGGGAGGGGAAUGGGUGCCCCUGCAGAAGCCUGCCAACACCAAGUGUGACUCCACAGCCAAAGACCCCGACAAGUGCAGUCUCCACAUCCACGCAGCUUACAGCACGGCUAUGAAGCUGAACGUCCCCAUGCUGCCUCUCAGUGAACCAAACGCUGUAGGACUCAUCAUGGCGCACGGGAGUGUGGGCGAUGCCAUCUCUGUGAUGAAGCCUGACGUAUUCGUGUCAGAUGAUGGAGGUUACACCUGGCUACAGGCCCUGGAGGGACCUCAUCACUAUGCCAUCCUGGACUCUGGUGGACUCCUGGUGGCCGUGGAGCACUCUGCUCAGCCCAUCAAAGACAUCAAGUUUUCCACAGACGAGGGCCAGUGCUGGCACGUUCACCAGUUCACUAGCGAUCCCAUCCACUUCACAGGGCUAGCGUCGGAGCCGGGGGCGAGGUCUAUGAACGUCAGCGUCUGGGGCUACAGAGACUCUCUGCUCAGUCAGUACUGGGUAUCAGUCACCAUCGACUUCAGAGAGCUGCUCACUAGAGACUGUGAGGACCAAGACUACGUGCAGUGGCUGGCGCACUCUGAUGACAUCAGCGACCCUAACGACGGCUGUAUGCUGGGUUACAAGGAGAAGUUCCUGCGUCUGAGGAAGGCCUCUGUCUGCUGGAACGGACGGGACUACGAGGUCAACAAGCAACCCGCCCCUUGUCUCUGCACCCUGGAUGACUUUCUGUGUGACUUUGGGUACUAUCGUAAAGAGAACAGCUCCGAGUGUGUGGAGCAGCCUGACCUGAAGGGCCACGUUCUGGAGUUCUGUCUGCAAGGCAAGAAGGAGCUGCUGCAGACCAGAGGCUAUAGGAAGAUCCCUGGGGAUAAGUGUGAGGGAGGAACACAGCCGGAGAGAAAAGAGAUCGACCUCAGUAAGAGGUGUGUCAAUGACCUACUGGGACCUCAGGAACUACUGACGGACGGCCAUCUGUCCAGCUCAGCGCCCAUCGUAGUGACGGUUCUGAUCAUUAUCCUGCUCAGUGUCGUGGCCGGGUUCCUCUUUGUCAAGAAGUACGUCUGCGGUGGAAGGUUCCUGGUACACAGGUACUCUGUCCUACAGCAGCAUGCUGAGGCCCAGGGAGACGGGGUAGACGAGCCAUUAGACAGCAACCACACUCGGGCUAGCAACAAGACCGGCUUACACGAUUCAGACGAGGAUCUUCUGGAGUAAGAGGUGGCAUUUCCAGCUAGCAGGAGGAACCCCUAGCCUCCUGUCUCCUUUACAACCUAGAAGCUCCUGCAGCUACCAGGAGGAACCCCUAGCCUCCUGUCUCUCCUUUACAACCUAGAAGCUCCUGCAGCUACCAGGAGGAACCCCUAGCCUCCUGUCUCUCCUUUACAACCUAGAAGCUCCUGCAGCUACCAGGGGAAUCUAGUCUCCUGUCUGUCCUUAGGCUCACUGCUCUAUAUUGAAGAACAAGUUUGUCCUAUGUGUACAGCGAGGCUCGCUGCUGCUCUCUCUUCUUCACUUCCUGUUACUUCCUCCUCCUCCCCUCCACCAUGACCCUUUAACUCUUAACCCCUGACCUUACAUCGCCUGGCGGAGAGUCCUUCUAACGCAGCUCUCAUCAGUGAGGUAUCCAAUGAGGCUUUCUGUUCUGAGUGAGACACACAUACAGAGUUCAGCAGGAGAGCAACGGGGGCCAGUAAGUAGUGUUGUUGUGGUUGAUUUUAGAAUGUAUUCUACCAAGUUCCUUUGGGAACAAUUGAGUGAUGGAAUAUGGUGGUUCUGGACUACUGGUGAACAUUUAAAUAAUGGACCUCUGGAACUGCUGUGUAGAAGCUGUUUUUUAUCAUCAUCAGCAUCUUCUCUUAACAACAUAAAGCGAUCUUUUUUUCAACCAAGUGAACAUAAACAACAUUACGGGUUAUACACGUUUGGGACUGGGGCUCUUGGGAAUAUUACGUAUACGCUUCUAAUGAAGACUUUUCCUGUUUCCCCCCCUCCCCCCUGCACUGUACAUAAGGAGCUUUCCUUUUUUCAUUGAUGUGACAGUCAGGGACAUGGUACAUGGGUUGCUGUUGGGUACUGUGGCUUUGGAAAAUUAUUUGUGUAAGUAUUUUGCCUACCUAAUAAGAUGCAAGUGGAAAUAUUUCUAAGCAUUUAAAGUUGGAUAGCAAUAACAUGUUUGGAUCCACUGUAUCAACACACUAAGCUUUCAUAGCAGGAGUGAACGUCCUCUAAAGCGACGUAUCCUAACCCGAGAAAUAUGUACCCGACUCAAACUUUCACCUCCUAAAUCAUGCAUUUGAUUUCAAUGGGGUAAUACAAAUGUGUUUCGUGCAUGUAUUUCAAAUUAUAAUUUGGCUGUGGAACAAUGUCCUUUUUUUUUUGUAUUUGAAAACUGUCUGUUUUAGUUAGUCAGAGGGAGAAAACCUAGUGUACAAAUAGCUAUUGGCCUUACGCCUCUUCAUUUCUCAAUAAAAAAAUUCUUACUUGUGUUUUAA